GAGUACUUCCGGUUUCAUUUUCAAAGCGAAAGCAUGGCUGGGCUGGAGUUAUUAUCCGAUCAAGGAUUCCGCAUUGACGGACGCAGGCCUCACGAAUUGAGAAAGAUCCAAUGUCGUCUAGGAGUAUUUAAUCAAGCUGAUGGUUCAGCUUACAUAGAACAGGGCAAUACCAAAGUGUUAGCUGCUGUUUAUGGCCCUCAUGAGAUACGAGGAAGCAGGAGUAAAGCUCUACAUGACAAAGUUCUUGUAAACUGCCAGUAUAGUAUGGCUACAUUCAGUACUGGAGAGCGCAAACGAAGGCCUCGUGGGGACAGAAAAUCACAGGAAAUGACCAUGCAUCUUCAACAAACUUUCGAUGCAGCAAUCCAAACAAGCCUUUAUCCCAGAUCACAGAUUGAUAUUUUUGUUGAGGUAUUACAGUCUGACGGUGGGAACUACUGUGCCAGUGUGAAUGCCUCUACCUUGGCCCUUAUAGAUGCUGGAAUAGCAUUGAGAGACUAUGUUUGUGCAUGUUCCUCCAGCUUUGUUAAUGACACACCAAUCACAGAUAUAAACUAUCUUGAAGAAUCCUCAGGCAGUCCAGAAAUCAUUGCAGCCACACUGCCAAAAUCUGAACAGAUUGUAUUCUUAUUGAUGAAUGGAAGACUUCAUGAAGACAAUUUGAGUCGAGUGACAGAUAUGGCUGUUAAAGGGUGUAAGGAUAUUCAUGAUAUUCUCGACCAAGUGGUCCGCGACCAUGUCAGUGAAGUGUCCACGGUUCAUGGAUGGGAAAACUGAGAAUGGUGCUAUAUAGAUGUUCUAGGAUAUGUUGUUAUUGUGACUGACCGUUACGUCUGGAUAAAUCCAUACAUGUAUGUUCAGUCUACAUUAGAUUUUUUUUGUUUCAUGAAAAUUAUAAACUAAUUCAUGUUUCAGGGUGCCAAGGUCAAGGUCUCUUGGUCUUAUAGAAAAUCUUUGUUAUUGAUUUGACAGUUUCAUUGUUAAAUGCAUUCUACUCAAACUUCAUGUAUUGGUCAAGCAUGAGAAAACCUCAGACAAGUUUGUAUUUUAGGGUGCAAAGUCCAAUGUUACCGUUUAAAAAGUUUUGUCAUCCCUUAAGUGACUUCAUUUUAAUGCAGAUUUUGAUGAAACUUUAUAUAUUAGUCAUGUACGAGAAUACCUUGAACACGUUGGCUUCAAAGCUUAUUGAUUGCAGGAUAUUUCACAGGUAUAAUUAUCGGGUAUACUCAGCAGUUUACGGGAAUUUGUAUCACUUGUGUUGCUUUGUAGCUUAUCAAAUUAAAUUUUCUAGGUAUUCAUCAAGAACAGCAUCUCAUGAUGUUAAAAAACAACAGAACUGGUUGUCUAACAUUUAAAUAUUUAGAAGAAAAAAAUUAGAGCGUUGAUGACAGAAAUUUCUGGAGGAAGAACUUUUAAGAUUCAAGGUUUGGUUCAGAACCUUAGUACAUGUAUAAUUGGCUUGGAUUCAUGGUGGAAAAGUACUGAAAUGGAAUUUUGAUAACUUAUACUGUGGUACCCUCUACAUUACCAAUCUUAGCCAGUGAAUUACUGUUUUGAAAGACUGAAUUUAUUAACUCAUUGUAAACACAAGAUCUCAUUGGAAUGGGACCACAAAAAGUAUGUGAAUUAUUAAAUAUUUACAUUUUUAAGUA